CCGUCAACAUUCGGUAUGACGUCAUUUUAAUGGCGGAUGAAAGCAUUACUUCGCAGAAAUUGCAAUAACAUUAUAUGUUUCUACAUUUGUAAGAGUACAGUUAAUAUUUUAUCGACUCAAAAUGAUAGUCACACUUAAGACCCUCCAGCAGCAAACAUUCAAAAUUGAUGUGGAACCGGAAGAAACGGUUAAAGUAUUAAAGGCGAAAAUAGAACAAGAGAAAGGAACUGAAUCUUUUCCUGCUGCCGGUCAAAAGCUUAUUUACGCAGGAAAAAUUCUUGACGAUGAAAAGCCUGUUAGUUUCUACAAAAUUGAGGAGAAAAACUUCGUUGUGGUCAUGGUGACCAAGCCCAAGCCAGCACCAGUCCCUGCCCCUGCCGCCACAUCAACCCCUGUCGAGACCCCUCCUGCCAGUGCCCCCGCCCAGCAACCCACACCGACACCCCCCAGCACAGAGCCACCCAAACAGGAGGAGAAAACUACUGAACCCCCAUCAACUACAUCCAGUUCCACAGAUGCCAGCUCAGAUGUCACUGUGUCUGAAUCAAACCUGACCCAGGCAUCAGAAACCUCAGCGUCUGCCUCCGACAUGAGCACAGUGAGCGCAGAGAGUGCCCUUGUUACAGGACAGCUGUAUGAAGACGCAGUGGCCAACAUUGUGGCAAUGGGCUUUGAACUGGAGCAAGUACAAAGAGCCAUGCGAGCAAGUUUUAACAACCCUGACCGCGCUGUCGAGUAUCUGUUCAAUGGUAUCCCCGACAUGCCGAGAGAGGAGCCCCCACCCCAGACAGCUCCUACUGGAGGAACCCCCGCUGCUGGAGCCCCUGCUACAGCCCCCGCACUAGCACCUGCUACAGGAGGCAGUCCAGCCACGGGUGGCACAGCCCAAGCCCCGGCCACUGCAGGCACAGGUUCCCUCACUGGUCCCCCUGCUGGAGCCCAGCUCUCUGGUGAGGAGACCCUGGCGUUCCUCCGUAACCAGCCCCAGUUCCAACACAUGAGAACUCUGCUCCAGCAGAACCCCGCACUGCUACCUGACCUCCUUCAGCAGAUAGGCAGGUCCAACCCCACACUCUUACAGAUGAUCAGCCAGAACCAGGAGCAGUUUAUAGCAAUGUUAAACGAGCAAGGCAGUGAAGGUGCAGGAGGGGGUGGAGCGCCCCAGGGUCAAGGUCGCACACCAGGCGAGGGGGUCAUACAUGUUACACAAGAAGAGAAGGAGGCCAUAGACAGAUUAAAAGCUCUCGGAUUUCCUGAAGCAAUGUGUAUUCAAGCAUAUUUUGCAUGUGAGAAAAAUGAAGAACUUGCUGCUAAUUAUCUUUUAAGUCAUGGUUUUGAUGACGAAGAUUCAUGAAGGGAUAAACGUUGUGCUGUAGACAAAACGUGUGGACAAAAUCCAUCUUGGGCUAAUUGUUUCUGUCACUUCAGCUUAUAAUAUAAGAUUGAGCUAGCCCCAACAUAUUUCAGCGUAUUUGGUGUCAUCUACAUUAGCUGUCAUAAUACUGAAUGUAUUUAAUAAUUUGGUGCAUUUUAGAAAUUGAAUGCAUGUUUUGUCAGUUGACAAUGUUUUUUUUUUUGUAUUUAAAUAUUAGGUUGCAACAAUAAAUUAAAAUUAAUGAACUAUGUAGAAUUGUUUGUUUCUGUGUUAAUAUGUAUAAUGUACACAAUACACUUAUUGGUGGAUAACAUUGAAUAAUGUUAUGCCAUCUUUUAUUGACACAAACCAGAUGCCAUAUUAAAACACCCCAUUUAUUCUCGUAUUCAGCGACUUUACUCUUCUGUUCAUUAAAUUUUUUGGCACUAAGUAAAGCACUUUGUGUAAAAUAACUUAAGAAAAAGCAUGUCUGAUUUAAGGCAUCAUUUGUUGUUACAGCCUAAGGAUAAUCAGGGCUUCCAUUAAAGGAAGUUUGGAAGUAUAUUACUCCGUAGAAAUGGGUUAAAACCACCUAAAUGGAUUCCAAAUUGAUGCUAAAAUGUGGCAAUUGGCUUUGAUUUUUAAUAAGUUUGACAGGCUAUAGAUGCACUUGGUUCUAAAUUCACUUGAUGGAUUGAGGAGGAGUUUUAGCCAGGAUCAUUCAAGGCUUUAAAAUAUUGAAAUGAUUGGUUCAUUUUCGAACCGUAGUAUUCCUGAAUCCCUCCAACUUCCAGAGUGUGCCCAGUUUGCAACAACAUAGUCUUACAAUAUUGCGUUUUAGGUACGGGCUAUAAUUGUUGUCAAAACUCAACCAUUGGUUCAAGUCAUUAUUGUAAUAUAAAUCUGAGAAUUUGGCAAGUUAUAGUUGCAAAUUAUUUGAUUUUCAACAUACUGGUUUAAAAAUAGUGAAAAAAUUUAUUGUUGUCUGGAGACUUAAACAUCAAAAUCUCUGUGAAAAACUUCCAAUAUUGAUGGACAAAGUUCAUACUUUCAGUUUCAAAUUCUUAAUGGAAGCCCUGGAUAAUGUUUAAACUUGCUUUCAAAGUUCAGAAAUCCUCAGAUUGAGACUGUGCUAUACAUGUACCUACUCGUCCUUAACAAUGGGCAUGUAUACUUUUAGAACUAAACUUAUAUCAAAAAUGAUCCUUAUGAACAAGCUGAUCUUUAACUGUGUAUUUUACAUGUUGUCUCUGUGUAAUGUGUACUGUCUUUUCAAUGAACUGUAAUCUAUUUAAUACACACUAAAGAUCAUGGCAUUGAAGAUCAUAUUUGUUGCAAACUUAAUAAAGCAUUAUUUACUUGAA